GAGCUUUGCUUCGGAGAGAAGCGACGUCUGCACACUGUAUAUAGGUUUACAAUGGGGGAUUUUAAUCAUUAAGAUUAAGCAUUUGUGUACAUAUUUAUAAAUAUGUGAUAUCUAUACAUCAGUAUAUUUUUUCUUUUUGUAGCUAAAGGGCACGACGAUAGGUCGUUUCAGGCUCCGAGCUGUAUUUUGUCUUUAAUCCGUGAGCCUUGUCUUUCCUUCUCCUGUGGGCCGGAAUUUAUUUAAUAAUUCAUUUUUGUACCAGAAGACCGAGGGCGUAGCGGGAGCGGAGAGUGAGAGGAAACGGGAAACGGGCGAGCGAAAGAAACAUUUUUUUUUUUACAUUUCAAAACACCAUUAGAAAAACCGCAACGACACAGGAAGCGCUUUUAAAAUAAGUAUUAAGAUUUCUAAAGCAUGAUGUAUGUGUAGCUACAGCGAAAAUCAAAACGUAUCGUUAAAUGUUACACGGGAGUUUUAUGCGGACACCAGCGCCUCUGCUUUUGGGAAGAAGAACUUAAAAAAACCAGACAUUUUGGAGAGAAAGCGGAUUGUCUCCAGACGAGGAAUAUGAGGGUUUAUUUAUUUUUUGUCUCCUUAACCGACAAGUAGAGGGGCGAAAACGAUUUCUGAAGACCUCUCAGACGUAACGACCCUGGAAAGGAAACGCUGAAUAUUUUUUUUCCCCCUCGUUUGGAACUCGGAAGAAAAUAUAUUUUUUUGUGAUCGUGUGAGAUUCGCGUGUUGGAAGAGCACCCGCGCGAGCGUCGGCGCCGAGACAGAGCCACGAGCGAGUUUGCUGAUUGCUUGGGCUGCAAAGGCACUUGGACAGUAGAUCAACAAUGAGUGAGCUGGAACAACUGCGCCAGGAGGCGGAGCAAUUGAGGAACCAAAUCAGAGAUGCCAGGAAAGCAUGUGGAGACUCGACACUUACACAGAUCACGGCCGGGCUCGACCCUGUGGGCAGGAUCCAGAUGAGGACGCGGCGUACCUUGAGAGGGCACCUGGCCAAGAUCUACGCCAUGCACUGGGGUACCGAUUCCAGGCUGCUUGUGAGUGCCUCCCAGGAUGGAAAAUUAAUCAUCUGGGACAGCUACACCACUAACAAGAUGCAUGCGAUCCCUCUCCGGUCCUCCUGGGUGAUGACAUGUGCCUACGCUCCCUCGGGGAACUACGUGGCGUGCGGCGGCCUGGACAACAUCUGCUCCAUCUACAGCUUGAAGACGCGCGAGGGCAACGUGCGAGUGAGCCGAGAGUUACCUGGGCACACAGGGUAUCUGUCCUGUUGCCGUUUCUUAGACGACAAUCAGAUCAUUACGAGUUCAGGAGACACGACCUGGUGAGUGUUCACAUGCGAGCUCAGCCUCUUACUUCCUCACCUUGGCCGUCCUAAAGCCCUUCGAGUCCUC